ACUGAAUCUUCCAGUUGGCUGAAAGUCUUGGCAACGAGCGUGGGGCAACAGUAAAUAGGGUCCGUGCACAACCCUGUAGGGCUCCGCUCCAUUCGCCGGCUGCGGUCCAACUUAGUGCCGAAGUUUUUCGCCCACAUUUUCCAAAUAUCGAUUGCGCACUCGAAUCCCGCCUCGAGACAACCGCUCAGUCGACGACCAACGAGAGACAGUCAAGAUGGGUAUCUCACGGGACUCUCGGCACAAGCGCGCCGCCACCGGUGCGAAGCGAGCUUUCUACCGGAAGAAGAGAGCCUUCGAGGCAGGUCGCCAGCCUGCGAACACCCGUAUCGGCCCCAAGCGCAUCCACGUUGUCCGCACCCGCGGCGGCAACCACAAGUACCGUGCGCUCCGUCUCGACUCGGGCAACUUCGCCUGGGCCUCUGAGGGCUGCACCCGCAAGACCCGUGUCAUCGUGGUCGCAUAUCAUCCCUCCAACAACGAGCUCGUCCGCACCAACACCCUGACCAAGUCCGCCGUUGUCCAGGUCGACGCUGCGCCCUUCCGUCAGUGGUACGAGGCCCACUACGGCCAGCCCCUCGGCCGCCGCCGCCAGCAGAAGCAGGGCCAGACCCUUGAGGAGACCAAGAAGAGCAAGUCGGUCGAGAAGAAGCAGGCUGCCCGCUUUGCCGCCCAUGGCAAGGUCGAGCCCGCUCUCGAGAAGCAGUUCGAGGCCGGCCGUCUCUACGCCGUCAUCUCCAGCCGCCCCGGCCAGUCCGGCCGCUGCGAUGGCUACAUCCUGGAGGGCGAGGAGCUCGCCUUCUACCAGCGCAAGCUCCACAAGUAAGCGUUGGGCGGGGACGGAGGAGGGUAUGUGUUGAUUGGGAGGCACAAGUCCGGACACGGGGGCUCGCAUCGGCGUUUCGCCUGGGUGUUGAUGGGUCAUAUCUGGCUGCUUUGCUGCCCGUCGGGUUGAUUUUGGCGGGAUCUGCGGACACGAAAAAGGCGGCCAUUGCAGCUUCAUUUCCAGUUGCUUCGUCACCGGUAACAGGGCAUGGCAGGGAUAUAGGGCAAUGGGAAAUGAAUACCACUACCAUGAGAGCAGCGGGCCCGAGCCGAGUCAAUCAAUCCAGACUUGAUGCCUUGAUGAUUCUGGAUGCUGUGACUGGGUAGCCCAGUGUGCCAUUGACCGACAUUGGUGUCUGGUUGAGGAGAAAUUAACAAGUGCUCACUCAGUUGCCACGAAUCCCAAGCCGAAAACACAUGGGCAUCUCGCUGAGUUUCUGUAUUUGUAUGGCGAGAACAGACAAACGAAGCAUACCACUGCUGUCCAGUAGCAACGAGUUAACAUGACUGUGUUCCUUGGCUACGAUGAGCUCAUGAU